GCUUGUGUACGUCGUCGCCCAACCUGGACUUCAGACUGGUUUCAAUUGGUUUCAAUCAGGCCAAAUCAUACACGUCGUGAUUUUUGUUGAAGCUAGUUCAUAGUCUACUCCUUGCAUCACAAUCAUGGAGAUAGAAAUUGUAACUGCCAAAGGUACAAACAUCAAAACCAUCACCACAGUUCAUGUGAAUGGAAAAACAACAAUUGGUGAAAUAAAAAAAGAAUUAAAUAAACAAAAAAAAGCACCUUAUGUUGAAAGACAAAGUUUAAGAAAUGAUGCAAAAGGAAAAUCAUUAUCAGACAAAGACACAAUUGAAUCACUUGGAUUAAAAAAUGGAUCGAAAUUAUUUUAUAAAGAUUUAGGACCACAAAUUGGUUGGAAAACUGUUUUUCUUGCUGAAUAUGCUGGUCCACUUGCUGUUUAUCUUUGGAUUUAUACAAGACCAUGGAUUUUUUAUGGUGAUAGUAACACACCAAUACAACCAGUUGUUCAUUGGGCAGCAAUUUGUUAUUCAAUUCAUUACAUCAAAAGACUUCUUGAAACAAUAUUCGUUCAUCGUUUCAGUCAUGCAACAAUGCCAAUAAGAAAUUUAUUUAAAAAUUGUUCUUAUUAUUGGUUAUUUACAGCAUAUGUUGCUUAUCAUGUUAAUCAUCCACAAUAUACAUCACCAUCACAAUUAUGCUCAUUAUUUGGUCUUGUAUAUUUUGCUGUUUGUGAAUUGGGUAAUUUUAGUAUUCACAUUGCUUUGAGAAAUUUAAGACCACCUGGUACAACUGUAAGAAAAAUACCAGUUCCAACUGGUAAUCCAUUUACAUUAUUAUUUAAUUUUGUAUCUUGUCCAAAUUAUACUUAUGAAAUUGGAAGCUGGAUUGGAUUUUCAAUUAUGACAAGCUGUUUACCAGCUGGAUUAUUUGCUUUCGCUGGUGGCUAUCAAAUGGCUGUCUGGGCCUUGGGAAAACAUCGUGCUUAUAAAAAAGAAUUUCCCAAUUAUCCAAAAAGUAGAAAAGCAAUCAUUCCAUUUGUACUUUAAAUAUAUAUAUAAUUUUUUUUUUCUUUUAAAAUACAAAAUAAAUUAAAUAUUAUUUAGUGUUUGGGUUAAUAUUUUGUAUGGUAAAAUUAUAAACAAAAUAGAUUAUCUAUUGUAAUGUCUUCUUCAUUAAUAUUCAGACAAAAAAAUUUGUUUUUUUUUUUUUUUAAAUAAAAUUUAUCAUGGAAUUUAUAUAUGAAAAAAAAAAUGAUAAAUUUGUGUAUUUAUUAAUCAUUGUCAUUGUCAACUUGAUCAUGGUCAUUUUUAGAUGAAUGAAUUUUUUUUUGUUCCAAACACUUUGCACAUUUUGAUUCAGUUAAUUUAGUUAUUCUUUUUUGUAAUAAAGCAAUUGUUCUUUC